GGGGGAGACUUAGAGUGGGAGAGAAAGAAGGGGAGGGGGGGGGGAGAGAGAGAGAGAGGCGGAGGGUGGGGGGUAGUCUGCUGCUAUUUCUACAGUCCGUGCCUCCCCGCCGCCGUCAACCUCCCGCCCACCCAUCCAUAGACCGAGGUUUCUCCCCCCCCCCCCCUCCGCUCGCUUGGAUUUUAACCCUCUGCCUCCAACUUGCAGCUCUUGCAGGAAAAAAAAGCUGGCAACAAGUUGCUCCUCCACGAGGCCUUUUUCUUCCACUUUUUCAGCGCAGCCGUUUUUCCCUCGCUCCCACGCUUUUGGAUCUUUGCUGCUUCCAAGUGUGCAUUAUCGUACAUUUUAUUUGAUAAAAAAUGUCGCAAUUUUUGUGUAUUUUGUUGAUGUUUUGUGAGGAUUUGAGUCGAAAAUAGAGGUUUCUCACCGCUGCCAUUGCUGCCCGAACGGGGGGGGGGUUUAUACCCCUUACGCCAUCCCGAUGACCACGACGGGCGAGGGAGCGUGGGCCGACCUUCGACAAUAUUCAACAUUUUCCCCUCCUCUUCCUCCUCCGCUCUCCGUCCCUUAGGCUUCGUUCUCUCCUCCCUCGCGUGCCACAAAACUCCCGACAUGCAGGCGGACGAGCGGCUUUGGGCUGAGCCGAGCCGCCGCAGUGCUUUUCUGGGACGGCUGCCAAGUGUGAACAAAAGAGGCCAAAAAGCAAUAAGGGAUAGAAAACGUAAAAGUAAUUGCAUCUAUUUUUGGGGGGAGUUGGAGGUGCUUUUCUUGCAUCAGAUUGUCUUCCUCGCAUGUUGUGUCCACUUAGUGCACUUCUAGCCCUUGUGUGUUGUGUGUGUGUGUGUGUGUGUGUGUGUGUGUGUCUGUGUGUGUGUGUGUGUGUGGUUAGAUUUAGCAGGCCAGGCUGCAGCUUUGAAUACUUUGUCAGUCUUUGCUCAAGAAGUGAAGGCAUCUUGCCGGAGACUAAGGAGAGAGGGCAUCCUGUCGGAGAGAGCGAGCGAGCAUAUAAACUGUUGAAUUUUUCACGAGUCGAGCCGUAAGACCGAACCGGAGCAGACCGGGUCACGCCGCGUUCCAUUUUUCUCAUACAUCAGACAUGCCGUUUUUAUUUGCUAACAUUCCUCAUGCGCACUGGCACAGCAGCCUCAUGGCCUCCUAUUGUUUCAGGCCCAACUUGAACUCGGGGGCUCAGACUGUGGAUGGAGGUGGCCCGGAGCUGAGAUUGCGAGCCCGAACCGGGAGAUGGAAGAAGAGGAGGGAGAGACUGGUGAGAGGGGACUCACCCUGGGUCUCGCGGAAAAGUGUCGCUGAAUUCCACAUCGUCAGAAGACAGGAGGUUUGAGUUCUAACGUCAUCAAGAGGCCCAAAGCUGUGAAGUCAGGCACUGACGCACCGUCUGUCCAAUUCCCCUGGAGUCUGUGAACUUUCCCAUGCCCUCUCUGCCAUGCCUUCAUGUACUGCUGGAAGGAUCCUCCAUGGGUCUAGGCAUCUUGACAUCUUCAAAAACGGGCCCUCUUGAUGACCCCCUUGAGCUUGGAAGAGGGGGAAAAAAUAUCAUAAGGAGCCAGGUCUGCGGUAAAAGAUGGUUUUCUCCUGUGGCCUGCUGCUGUGCUACGUCGACGUUCCGCCAUGAUGUGUCCCAGCUUCAUUGUGCAGAGAAGCGGGCAGACAGGCAGGCAGCAGCAGCGCCGCAGGGGGAAACAAAACAAGGACUCGGCCGGGCUGUGCUGCUCCCUCCCUCGGCCUCUGUCUCCCGCUUCUCGUCCACAGACACCCGGGCGACAUGCUGGUUCCGGUUCGAGCUUCCCCUAAUAAGUCUGAGGAGUGAGCUCGCCGGCCGACCUUGCCCCUCCCCCUCUCGACGCGGCCAUGGUCGACAUUGAGAGUCACUACUGCCCGCCCUCGCCCCUGGAGGACUCUGUGCUGGGCAGCCCGCUGUGCGCCGAUGACGACUUCAUCGGUGGCAUGGAGGAGCUCCACGACAUAUCACAGUCCAUGGACAGCAAUACCCUAAGCCCCUACGAUGCUCCCGAGUACCAGUCGUCCAGCAAUGGUUCAGAGGGCUCCACUGUCUUUGAUGCCCUGACACCGGCGUCCAGCCCGUCGUCGUCUGUGGUUUACGGGGUGGCAGCGGGCCAGGAGGACAUCUCGUCUUCUCCCUCGUCAUCGCUCAGCCUGGAGUGUCGGGUGUGCGCCGACCGCGCCUCAGGCUACCACUACGGCGUCCACGCCUGCGAGGGCUGCAAGGGUUUCUUUCGGCGGACCAUCCGUCUCAAGCUAGACUACGACAAGUGCGAACGCCGCUGCAAGAUCCAAAAGAAGAACCGCAACAAGUGCCAAUACUGCCGUUUCCAGAAGUGCCUGUCUGUGGGCAUGUCCCAUAACGCAAUCCGCUUUGGCCGAAUGCCACAGUCGGAGAAGCUGAAGCUGAAGGCCGAGAUGGUGACGGGGGACCGCAAGGUGGAGGACCCCCAGCUGGCCGACCAGAAGACGCUGGCCCGGCAGAUUUACGAGGCCUACCUCAAGAACUUCAACAUGAACAAGGCCAAGGCUCGGACAAUCCUCACGGGGAAGACCAGCACCCCGCCUUUGGUCAUCCACGACAUGGACACGCUGCAGCUGGCCGAGCAGACCCUGGUGGCCAAGAUGGUGGGCUCGGCGGGCGUCCUGAAGGACCGCGAGGCGGAAGUGCGCAUCUUCCACUGCUGCCAGUGCACCUCGGUGGAAACGGUCACCGAGUUGACGGAAUUCGCCAAGUCGGUUCCCGGCUUCUCCGGCCUGGACCUCAACGACCAGGUGACGCUGUUGAAAUACGGCGUGCACGAGGCCCUCUUCGCCAUGCUGGCCUCGUGCAUGAACAAGGACGGGCUCCUGGUGGCGUACGGUUCGGGCUUCAUCACGCGCGAGUUCCUCAAAAGCCUCCGGCGGCCCUUCAGCGACAUGAUGGAGCCCAAGUUCCAGUUUGCCACAAAGUUUAACGCGCUGGAGCUGGAUGACAGCGACCUGGCGCUGUUUGUGGCUGCCAUCAUCUGCUGCGGAGACCGGCCGGGCCUGGUGAACGUGUUGCACAUCGAGCGCAUGCAGGAGCGCAUCGUGCAGGUGCUACAGCUCCACCUGCUGGCCAACCACCCGGACGACGCCUUCCUCUUCCCCAAGCUGCUGCAGAAACUGGCCGACUUGCGGCAGCUGGUCACCGAGCACGCUCAGCUGGUACAGGAGAUCAAGAAGACGGAGGACACGUCGCUGCACCCGCUCCUGCAGGAGAUCUACAGAGACAUGUAUUGAGCAGCAUCCUCCUCCCCUUUUGUUUUUGUUGUUUGGUUCCAUAAGCUACAGGUCGGACCCCCGACGUCCCUUUUCCUCAUUCAACGAGGGGCUAGCUUUAACUUCUGUUAGCUAAUUAUUAAGUCUCGUUUCCACCAAGCAGUGCAGUUUUAGCUCGGCACACUGGCGUAGAAGUUGCGCUCCCUGGGUUUAUUCCAAGAGGCCGGUACUGAACACUUUUGCGCCUAUAGGGACACCGUACUCCAACGCAGAAGUGACGCGAGGGAAAAACCAUAGCACGGCCUUGGAAACCCGAUGGGCUUUACUGCAAUGGCGAACAGGGACUCUAAACAGCUGUAGUCUAAAAUAAUGACAUUAUCCUCAUAAAAUUAGGAUUGUUUUCUCCUAAAAUAACGUUACUUUAUUCUCUGGAUAUACAAUGUUCAUUUUCUUUAAACUAUAACUUUAUUUUCCCCAAAAAUUAUUUAUUUACCCUCCCAAAAAAUAUUUAUUCUUGUAAAAUUGUGAUUUUCUUUUUUUCAUUUUUUUCUCCUAAAAUCAUGACUUCAUGACUUUUUAUCACAAAAUUACUUUGACCUCCUAGAUUAAUUUUUUUAAAAUAAAAUGACAAGUUUAUUAUCAUUUAAUCAUGAUUUUCCUCCUAAAAUUGGGACUUUAUCCUCACGGAAUGAUUACUUUUUUAACCUAAAAUUAUGCAUUUAUUCUUGUCGGGUUAUGAAAAUUUCUCCUAGAAUUAUUAAUGUAUUCUCAUAAAAUUAUGAAUUUACUCUUCCCUCUUGAAAUUACAAUAGCACUCGUAAGAUUUAGAUUUUUUUUAUUUGCCUCAAAAUGAUCAUUUUACUCUUAAAACUACGCAUUUAUUUUCGUAAAAUUAUGUUGUUUCCUUUUAAAAUUAAAUUUCUAUUCUCAUAAAAUAAUGAGGGGAGGUUGCCCCCAAAUUAUUUUUUUUCUCUUAAAAUUACAAUUUUACUAUUCUCAAAAGUCAAGAUUAUGACUUCAUUCUCAUUAUUUUCCUGUGUCCAUUUACAACUUUUUCACCUGACACACCAUCUGUUUAAAAGCUACUUUAUUAUCGUAAAGAUUACAUCAUUUAUUCUCCCAAAAUCAAGACCUCCGCGCCUCUAUCUCAAAUUUGUUCUUUUUUUUCAUCAACUUAUUAGGAAGAUGAAGGUAGGGCUGCACUUCCAUCUAUUGAUUGCUCAACAAAGAAUCAUGACAAACGAAAAGGGGAAGAAGACAAAAGUCACAUGCGCAAGAAGAACAAACAAGAAGUAGUGGACGUCCUCACGUGACAUCUCUUGUUUACAAUGUGGCCGUCCCCUUUGUGGACUUCACUGGGCUGCAGAUCAGGAUCUGGAACAGUUCUCAUCAUCCCGUAUUGAACUAAAGUGCACUUCUUAGUUGGAAACGUGGCUUCGGAAACAUGGGCGAGCGGUUAAUGAUCAUCAGGCGGGGGUUUGACUCGGCGGACGCUCGGCACGCCCCGGUGGCGAAAUUAAAAAAGAAAAAGAACAAAAAAAAACAACACAGACCUUUUGGGGUCGGCCUUCCCGGCAUCCCCACUCUCUGAAACACCCGAAAAUGAGGAAAAGUGAACUGUCACUCCAGCAGAAUGUAGACAUAUACACACACACAUACAUAUGAGUGAUCUAAAGCCAUAAUCUUUUGCAGUUGAGUGGCGUCCGUGACAGCGGCCAAAGGCAGACUUGCACGUGAUGUCCUGUUCUCGUGUACUCCUUUCAUGUUUCCUGUCUCUGGUUGUACAGUUGAUAUGAAGAUUUCUACACACUCCUGUUCAAAUGCCGGGUUUGUGUGAUAUUUAAAAACAAAAAAAAUCGUUUCAAAACUCUUCACACCAUUCAUGUGAUCUAUGACUUGGAAUAUUGAAACAAUAAAAUCUCGUGAGAGAGACGAAGUAAAAAAAAAAUAAACAACCGGAAUAAUGUGGUUGCAUAAGUGUACACACCCUGGGACAUGGCUGUGUUCAGAAUUUACCAAUCCCAUUCAAACCCGUUGAAUGGGAGUCACCACGUACCUGCCACCAUUUAAAGUGCCUCUGAUUAACACCAAAUUGAGUUUGAAUGUUCUCGUAGGUUUUUCCUGACUUUUUAAAAUGUUUAUUUUUACAGAAGCCUGAAGGCUUUGUGCUCACACUCACACUGCAAUUUGGAACUGUUAAUACCCUCCUCACCCCCAAAACAUGACACUACUCUUCACGGUAGGUGUAAUGUUCUCUUGGUGAAGAGCAGUGUUGUGUCUGCCCUGAAAAAUACCUUUACGCCCAAAAGGUUCAACCUUGGUUCCUUGGUUCCAUCGGACCAUAACACAUUUUCCCAUGUGCAUUUGGGAGAUUUUACCCAAAGUCAGCUGGGAUAGACUCCAAAACACCAACAGCCCUAAUGAGGAUAAACGGUAGAGAAAGAUGAAUGGAUGAAGGUACACAGGUUAUAGGUCUCAUUAAUGGUGGAAAGCGUUUUGAAAUAAUUGCUUGAUCAGAUUUUGUAAUAUCACAAAAACCUGGCAUUUGAACAGGGGGGGUGUAGUUUUUUUGUUUUUUUUCUAUCAAAUGUAUCUAUGACUAACCUCACUUCAGCAGUCUUUUUCUACUGGAUUAUUCACAAAGCACAUUACUGUUGAAGUGCUUUGCCAUAUCGCAGCUAACACUAAAACCAGAAGCACAAUUGCAAUAGUUCUCACUUGUUUUUUGUUGUGUUUUACAAAGUCAGCUAAAUAAAUGAAAUUAUUUUGCUUUUGUUCCUGGUAACAUACAUAUGCAUUCGGUUAGCAUUCAGGGCUCUUUUGUAUGUUGUUGUUUGUUUUUUAUUAUUAAUUAUAUAUAUAUAUAUAUAUAUAUAUAAAACAAGGUGACGUGUGUAUCUGCCUAAUCUGGUGGAGAAUUUUUAAAUGAGAUUCAAGGUUAAUCCGAUGUCAUCCUGGAUAACGCUUAUGAAUUUUUGCAGUUUUGGAGUAUUAGGGGCACAUUGAAAAAGAUGAAAAUUAUUUAUUAGAAGAUUAUGAAUUGUUCUGAAAUCGUCGCUUUAUUCUCAAAAUAUAUUUUCCUCUUAAAAGUUAUAUUACAUAAUUCUCAAUGUAUAUUUGUUUUCUACUAAAAUUACAGAUUCUCAAAGUUAUGGCUUUUGUCCUAAAAUUACAUUAUUAUCAUUUUAAGAAUUUAUCUUGUACAGUUCUAACUUUAUUCUUGGAAAGAAAUUUAUUUUAGUUUUUACUGGUAAAAUUGACUCAUAAAAUUCUGACAUUAUUCACAUAAAAGUCUGACUUUGUUCUCAUAAAAUUAUGAUUUUUGGGGGGGGAUUAUUGUCUUGUAAAAAUGUCUCACCUUCAUCUCCCAGACAUUUGUUUUUCUCCAAAAUGUAUUUAUUCAAAUAAAAUGGUGAGUUUUUUUUCUUUUAAAUUUUAUUUCAAAAAUUAUAACUUUAAUAAAAUAUGACAUUUUCCUUGUAAGUCGUAUGACUUUUUAUCCUAAAACUGCUAAUGUUUCCCCCCUCAGAUCACUGUUUAUUCUCGUUACUUGCUUUGACAUGGAAUUACUUUUCAUUUUAAGAUUUUCCCUUAAAAUUAUUUUAUUUAAUUUUACAAAGUAUUACUUUAUUUUCCUAAAUUUACAUAUGUAUUCUUGUAAAAUUGUGAUUUAUUUUUUAUUUGUCCCACACCCCCUUUCCUCCCGAAAUAAAAUGUUUCCCCUCAUACAGUUAGAACUCUAUUAUUGUAAUUCUAUGAUGACAUAAUUUUUGUUUCUUUUCAAUGUGGCCCUCAAUAUCCUUCACAAUACUUAAGUUUUACUCCAUUGUUGUUUGUUUCUACAUCUUAGGGUCGGGAAUAUUGACGACUUUUUAAAAAAGAUGUACAUGCAAUUUUCACGCAAAAAAAAAAAAAAUCUAUUUCAAUCAAAUCUGUUGAACUAAUCAAUCUUUUGUUGGGAAUGUGUGUGCUGAGUGCUUGAUGUAGAGAAUGUUCAACGCACUGACCUUUGACACUCGGUAUAAAAAGGUACAAAUGAGGAUCCACUUAUGUUCUCUUCUGUUUGGUGAAUAAUUACUUUUAAGAAUAAAUGUACAGCAAAUAUAAUCAUGUACUGUAUUCGUUGCUUUAGCUGCCAGCUAAUUGUGUUUGAAUUGAAUCGGAUCGUAUUUUUUUUUUAUACCACGGUGUGUGUUUGUGUACAGUAUUUACAGUAUGUGUAACUAAUUCCGAUUGUUUGAACUGAAUGGAAGAGCAUUUGAAUAACCAUUGACUCCCAUUAGGGACAUUCCGAUGUGUUCUUUGCUGCUUUUUUUUUUUUUUUUUUUUUUUAAAGAUAGCCACCAAAGCUGCAACCAUUCAUUCAUUUGAGCUUCCUGUAUGUGUCAUACAAGGACUUCUGAUUGGGAUGUCCCCCCCCCCCCCCACCCCCCUACAUUUGUCAUCAAAUGUUCAUAGGCACUUCACCACUUUCAUACCAUGUUCUCAGGUCGUAUAAUAAUCAUAAUAAUAAUAAUAAUAAUAUGGGCUAAUGUAUGUAUGACAUCCAUAUGAGCGACGAUCACAUCUCUGUUAAACUAGAACUCUGCAGUAAUGAAAAUGCAGUAUGUGUUUAAUCAGAAUUUAGUAGGAUUUUUAUACAAACAAAACAAUGCACUCUUAGUCGAAAACAAAAACUUUGCCGGUUGUUUAUUUUUGUCCUUAAAUGAACACUCCCAUACGCUUAACUGUUUUACAAUUAUGGCAAAAUGAUGUUUGUGGUGUGUGUUAUCAUUUGUUUUGUUCCCUUUUUCUGAACGUAGUAAUGCUUAGAAUACUGUAUGAUUUCCUACUAAAUUCCUGCUUUGUCUGUUUUGUUUUUGUUUUUUUUGUCGCCACUAGCUGCUGCUACACCUACUGGGCUUCUCUUAUCUCACCAAACGCGCCAUGAGUAGAUUACUGACCUUCAAGCUGCCUCUGUAAAACUCUAUCUCCUCAUAUAGUGUUGUUUGUAUGCCCAACUGCAGAGGGUACAGGUUUCUAUUAGGGCUAUUCUACAUAAGCAUCCCUGUAAUAAUAUUUUUUAUUAAAUGUUAUUCAAACAAAAGUCAUAUCUCCAAUUUUUUUUUUUGUCAUAACAGAAAUAUGACAAUUUGUGUUUUGGGGAAUUUUUUUUGAAUGCAGAAAUUUGUUGAUACAUGCUUUUUGUUAUAUAUAUUAUAUUGCUGAAGGGUCUGUCGAUUAUCUGCCAAUGUCAUCUUUACAGAUGCCGCGUGUGCUCUGCUGACAGUGUCCUGUCUGGCACCACUAUUUGAGGAAAUAGGGUAUAGCAUUUUGAAAGAAUGUACAUACAGUAGCUCUGCAGUUUUAUAACCCCCACCUGCAUCACAAAUUCCGAGUGAGGAAUACUUGGGGAAUAUUUGGAAACUGUGUGCCUUGCCACGUGUGCAAAAAAUUACAUUGUCAUAGCUUUACGGUGAAGAUCCUAGAUUAGAUUAUACACAGUAUCAGUGAAGAAUUGCAUCUUUACAGUAGGUUUAAUAUAAUGUGCAAAAACUGGGCCCAAAAGGGGAAUAAAGUGACAUUCUUCUUAGUAUAGGGAUGUUUGUUUUUGCGCCUGUGUGUUGGAAUGGACUUUUUGAAACUCGUAUCAAGGACACUUAGUGUUCCUUUGUUGAACUCAGGAUAUGGAGAUGUACUGUUCUAUAUCAUCUAUAGAUCUCUGCCAAUAUUGAUUCACACACACACAACCUUUUUUUUUUCCUUUUCCCCCAUUUCUGGCUAAAUGCUAGUUUGGGUUCCAGUUGUGAUAGGAAUAAGCAUAUGAUGGAUUUUGUUAGUCUAUGUGUCACGCAAGGAGGAGAUGCAACGAGGACGUGAUGUACAUUGUGUAUUGUGGCUUGCUACAAGAUACUGUAAAUCUAUUUGUGGAACGUAUUGCUAGUCAUUUAAAUGAUACAAUGAGCUGACAUUGAAUGGAUUUCAAAAAUAAUAAAAAAUUAUUUAAAAUGAA